AUGUGGCAAGAAGAGAGUGUCAAUCCAGCAAAGUUCAUUCACGGUAAUUUUACGGAACCCUGGUCUCUCUUCGUGACAUCGAAUGAUGAUAUUUAUAUUGAUGAUGGUACUGAGAAUCGUCGAGUGCAGAAAUGGAUAGCAGAAACAAAUAAUUUCAUCUCAGUGAUGAAUGUCAACUCAGUAUGUUUUGGUUUAUUUGUCGAUAACAAUGAUACUCUUUAUUGUUCAAUGCAUAAUCACCAUCAAGUAGUGAAAAGAUCAAUCAAUGAUGCUGUGAUGACUUCAAACCGCGUUGCUGCUGGAACAGGUAUUCCCGGAUCAGACCCAAAUCAACUCAGUGUUCCUCGUGGAAUUUUUGUCGAUAUAAAUCUUGAUUUAUAUGUGGCAGAUUGUGAAAAUGAUCGAGUUCAAUUGUUUCAGUCGGGAGAAUCAAACGGCAUCACAAUGGUUGGAAGUGGAUCAGUAAAUCCAACAAUUGCACUUUUUUGUCCAAGUGGAAUUAUAUUAGAUGCUGAGAAAAAUUUAUUCAUGGUGGAUAAUAUCAAUCAUCGCAUUGUUGGUUCAGACGUGAAUGGUUUUCGAUGUUUAGUUGGAUGUUAUGGAGUGGGUUCACAAUCCAAUCAAUUGAAUUAUCCGUUUAGUUUUAGUUUCGAUCGUUCUGGAAACAUGUUUGUUACUGAUCGAGCAAAUGGUCGAAUUCAAAAAUUUUUAUUGAUGAAAGGUUCUUUUGCUCUUUCAUUCAAUCAACCAAAGUUUUGUCCAACAGCCACUUGGAAUUCUAAUGGAAUUACUUUUGCUAAUCAAUCGAUUGUUGGUAAUUAUCCUACUGCCCUUUUUGUGAGCACAAACAACACAAUAUAUAGCACUAAUCAAGUAAAUAACACAAUUGUAAUAUGGCAAGAAGAGAGUGCCAAUCCAACAAAGAUCCUUUUUGGUAAUUUUACAAAACUCUCGUCUGUCUUCGUGACAUCAAAUGGUGAUAUUUAUAUUGAUGAUAGCAGGGAGAAUGGUCGAGUACAAAAAUGGAUAGCAGAAACAAGUACCUUUGUUACAGUGAUGAAUGUCCAGCCAUUAUGUUGGGGUUUGUUUGUCGAUAUCAAUGACACUCUUUAUUGUUCAAUGCCUGAUCGUGAUCAAGUAGUGAAAAGAUCAAUCAAUGAUGCUGUGAUGACUUCAAACCGCGUUGCUGCUGGAACAGGUAUUCCCGGAUCAGACCCAAAUCAACUCAGACGUCCUCAUGGAAUUUUUGUCGAUAUAAAUUUUGAUUUAUCUGUGGCAGAUUGUGAAAAUGAUCGAGUUCAAUUGUUUCAGUCGGGAGAAUCAAAGGGUAUCACAGUGGCUGGAAAAACAUCACUAAAACCAACAAUUGAACUUAACUGUCCCAGUGGAAUUAUAUUAGAUGCUGAGAAAUAUUUAUUCAUUGUGGACAAAGGCAAUCAUAGAAUUGUUGGUUCAGGCUUGAAUGGUUUUCGAUGUUUAGUUGGAUGUUAUGGAAUGGGUUCACAAUCCAAUCAAUUAAAUUCUCCAUUUAGUUUGAGUUUCGAUCGCUAUGGAAACAUAUUUAUUACUGAUACAGACAACCAUCGAAUUCAAAAAUUUAAAUAUUUAAAAAAAUAUUGUGUCAAUACAUUCUCGCUUCUUCAAAAGACUUAUUCAUCAUCACUGACUGAAAUCAGUCAAAUUUAUUACCGAGAUUGUGACAAACAAAAUUUUUAUUAUGAAUCAAUUCAAGUGAAGGUGAUUGAAAGUGGUUACUACACUUUUCGUGGUACUGGUGAUAUCGAUGGAUAUGGGUCUGUUUACAAAAACAAAUUUAAUCCACUAGAUCCAUCAGAAAAUUUGCUUAAAACAGAUGACGACAGCGGGUUUGAUGCUCAGUUCAAACUUGAUAUUCAUCUUGAUGUUAACAUGACAUAUGUAUUGGUUGUAACAACGUUUGAUUCAAAAGAAACUGGAAAAUUCUUGAUUGUUGUAUUGGGUAAAAGCAAGGUUCUUCUCGAGCGUCUUAGUACUGCAGUAAAUAUGCAAUUCAUGCAUUCGUCAAGUUUAACCGAUGACAGUCUAACAUAUUAUCGAGAUUGUCAAGUACCGCAGUGUCAUUAUGAAACUUCACAAAUUCAUGUUAAUACAACGGGCUUGUAUGUUCUUUGGAGUGAAAGUAAUAUUAAUGCAUAUGGAUAUAUCUACAAAAAUGAUUUCAAUCCUCUAAAACCAUCUGAAAAUUUACUCCUAUCACAUGAUGGUGCUGAAGAAAGUAGUUGUGUGAUUGGUGAUCAAUGUAACUUUUACAUCAAAGGAAUUGGUUUGACACUCGAUGAUAUUUUACGCGAUGAACUUCAACCGAAUACAGUGUUAAAUAAUCAAUCAUUUUCGAUUAAACUGAGUGCGGGUUUAACAAUAAUUAUGUUUGUCGCAGGAUUAAUCAAUAGUGUUCUCUCUUUUAUUACAUUUCAACAUAAAGAUUCUCAACAAGUUGGAUGUGGAAUGUAUCUAUUGGCAUCAUCGAUUACUUCUCUUUUGGCAAUUAGUAUGUUCCUAAUCAAAUUCUGGUUUGUUGUUCUUACUCAUAUCAAUGUGUCCACUAGUCUAUCUGUUCUUCGUGGAGGUUGUGCAUCUAUUGAACCAAUUUUAAAACUUUUUCUCUACUUGGAUGGUUGGCUGAAUGCUUGUGUAGCAGUUGAACGAGCAGUACUUAUUUUUAAAGGAGUCAAAUUUGAUAAAAAUAAGAGCAGAUGUAUUGCUCGACGAACAAUUCUUAUUUUACCAUUCUGUAUUUUGGGUACACUUAUUCAUGAGCUCGCAUAUCGCAGGUUGUUCGUUUAUGAAACAGCACCGGAUACGACAAAUAUGAAUAAGACAAAUGAAGACACAAUUAAGCGAUAUGUAUCAUGCAUCACUCGUUAUUCUCCUUCUAUACAAGAUUACAAUACAGCUGUUCUAUUUUUUCAUCUUGUUAGUCCAUUUAUCGUGAAUCUUUUCUCUGCAUUGUUCAUCAUCAUUAGAGGCGCUCAACAACGAUCACUGGCACGAAUUAAUCAAAGUUUUAAAGAACAUGUUCAAGAACAAUUCCGUGAACAUAAACAACUGAUCAUUAGUCCAAUAGUUUUACUCGUUUUAUCAAUACCUCGUCUCAUCAUUUCAUUACUUCCUGGUUGUGCGAAAAUAUCUGAGAACUUGUGGUUGUAUCUUGGACCAUAUUUCAUUUCGUUUACUCCUCCGAUGCUAAUUUUUCUUAUAUUUGUCUUUCCUUCAGAAUUGUAUAUGAAAGCAUUUAAGCAAUCGUUCAAUCGUAUUCGAAGGCGUACUCCUCCCUAA